AUGGUGACUUCCAGCAGCAGUGAUUAUGAUUAUGAUUAUUCCUCUAGCUCUUCUGACGAGGAUUCCAAGGUUCCAGAGAUGAAGAUUUCUACAGCAGAAUCUCGUGCCAAGAUGGAUCAAUCAUUAAAGAAGGCUAAGGAAGCCAUAAACGACAUACGGUUAGCCUCCGAGGAGAAGCUUCGCUCUCGUCCUGAUGGUGUAGCCUCGGAUUCAGACGCUGAAGAAGAACCCGUAUGGGAGCCAAAGGAUCGCAAAAUUAAGCCACACCGUCUUACCAGGGAGAUUGAGAGAUUAGUUGAGGCUGAUCUUGAAGCUGAACGCAAAAAGGAAGAGUAUUGGGAUGCAAUGUACAGCAAUCCUGAUGAGAGAGAAUACUUUGGUGAUGAUUCUAAUAGUGAUUCUGAGGAAGAGCAUGAAGAAGAUUCCACAGAAAACGAUGAUGGUGAUGACGAGUCCGAUGAAUCCGACGAUUAG